AUGACAGAGCCAUUUAAUUUUGAGAAAAAAGAAAACAAGCUUCCACUACGUGAUUCUUUAAGAAGUCCUGGAGGACAUCCUAAUCAUCCUAAUUUCAGGUUGAAAAGCCCAGAGAAUGGAAAUAGAAAGAACAAUUUUUUGCUUUGUGAGCAAACCAAACAGUACUUGGCUAGUCAGGAAGAUAAUUCUGUAUCUUCAAACCCUAAUGGCAUCAAUGGAGAAGUGACUGGAUCCAAAGGAGACAGGAAGACAUUGCCAACAGGAAAUUCAGUAUCACCAUUAACUGUUGGAAAUAAUUCACCACCCAAAGACGUAAACUCUAAGCCUAGCAAUAAUGUGCCUCCUACAAAGUCAAAAAAAGUACACAAGUUGGUUGAGAAUUCCUUGUCCAUAAGCAAUCCGGCGCUCUUCAACUCCUUAGGAACUCCUCUUCGGUCCACAACCUGCCAUCGCUGUGGCCUGUUUGGAUCACUGAGGUGCUCACAGUGCAAGCAGACAUACUAUUGCUCCAUAACAUGUCAGAAGAGAGACUGGUCUGCACACAGCAUCGUGUGCAAACCUGUGCAGCAAAAUUUCCACAAACCUGAAGAUAGUAAGUCACCUUUUGAAACAAGGAACAUGGAAGUGAAAAAUGAGAGUGACUAUCCACUUGGAGUUACUAAAGAAAUAACCCUUUGUGCUGAGAAAAUAAUGUUUUCUGAUUUGAGAAGUCUACAGCUCAGGAAAACUAUGGAAAUAAAGGGCACAGUUACUGAAUUCAAACACCCAAGUGACUUUUAUGUACAGUUAUAUUCUUCAGAAGUUUUAGAAUACAUGAACCAACUUUCUACAAGCUUAAAAGAAACAUAUGCAAAUCUACUUGAAGAAGAUUAUAUUCCUGUUAAGGGGGAAGUUUGUGUUGCCAAGUACACUGUUGAUCAGACUUGGAACAGAGUAACAAUACGAGAUGUUGAUGUGCUGCAGAAGAAGGCACACGUCUUAUAUAUUGAUUAUGGAAAUGAAGAAAUUAUUCCAGUCAACAGAAUUCACCAGCUAAGCAAGAACAUUGACUUGUUUCCUCCUUGUGCCAUAAAGUGCUUUGUGGCCAAUGUUAUCCCAGCAGAGGGGAACUGGAGCAAUGAUUGUAUCAAAACUGUCAGAUCACUGUUAAUGGAGCAGUACUGCUCUGUAAAGAUCGUCGACAUCUUAAAAGAGGACGUGCUUGCCUUUGCCGUAGACAUUAAGCUGCCAAGUUCAGGAAAACCUUUAGACCAUGUACUUGUAGAAAUGGGAUAUGGCUUGCAACCCAAGAAGCAAAGUGCAGAUCAAAAUCAUUCUGAAGAUGCUGGAAAAAUGACAACUGAAGACAAAAUUGUUGUAGACAGAAGUGACUUGAUCCCAAAAGUGUUAACUUUGAAUGUAGGGGACGAGUUUUGUGGUGUGGUUGCCCACAUUCAAACUCCAGAAGACUUCUUUUGUCAACAACUACAAAGUGGCCAUAAGCUUGCUGAACUUCAGACGUCGCUUAGUGAAUACUGUGGUCGAUUGUCUCCACGCUCUGAUUUUUUUCCAACCAUUGGCGAUAUCUGUUGUGCUCAGUUCUCAGGAGUAAAGCCAUCAUUAGGAAUUUGGACUCCAGAAGCUGUUUGUCUGAUGAAAAAAAUUGUACAGAACAAAAUGGUCACAGUGAAAGUGGUGGACAAGCUGGAAAAUAGUUCUCUGGUGGAGCUUACGGAUAAGUCCGUGACGCCUAACGUCAGUGUUACUAAAGUUCUAACAGAAGCAGGCUUUGCCAUGGGCGAGAAAGGAAUAGUGACAAAUAAAGCCAGCGACAUGAAAGAAGCCACUGUUUCUUUGGAUGUAGAAGCAAAAACAAGUCCAUUGGAGUGGACAUGGGUUGAACUUGCUGUUGACCAAACAGUAGAUGUUGUAGUCUGUAUGAUAUAUAGCCCUGGAGAGUUUUAUUGCCAUGUGCUUAAAGAGGAUGCUUUAAAUAAACUCAGUGAUUUGAACAAAUCACUAGCAGAGUAUUGCCAGCGGGAGUUGCCUGAUGGUUUUAAGCCAGAAAUAGGACAACCUUGUUGUGCUGUUUUUGCAGAUGUACAGCCUAGAAACAAACACUGGACUAGAGAAGCCAUAGCAAGAUUUCAGAUGUGUGUCGCAGGGAUAAAACUCCAUGCCAGAGUGGUUGAAAUCACCGAAGAUGGAGUGGGAAUUGAACUCACUGAUCUUUCCACUUCUUAUCCCAGAAUAAUCAGUGAUGUUCUGAUUGGUGAAGAUCUGGUUUUAACAACUGGUUCACCACCUAAAGACUUGCCAAGUAACAGACCUGUUGAUAAAUGUGAUCUUCAAAUUGAUGCCCAGGGACCUCAGGCCAUCUCUUCAGCUGAGCAAUGGAAGACGAUAGAAUUUCCAGUUAAUAAAAUUGUACAAGCAAACAUAUUAGAAAUCAUAAACCCAAACUUGUUUUAUGCUUUACCAAAUGAGAUGCCAGAAGAUCAGGAAAAACUCUGUAUGCUGACAGUCGAAUUGUUAGAAUAUUGCAAUGCUCAGAAAAGCCCACCAUCCUAUAGUCCCAGAGUUGGAGAUGCAUGCUGUGCCAAAUACACAAGUGAUGAUCUCUGGUACCGUGCCAUUGUUCUGGGGACGUCAGAGGCUCAUGUGAAAGUGCUCUAUGUGGACUAUGGAAACAUUGAAACUCUGCCUCUUUCCAGAGUGCAGCCCAUCACCACCAGCCACCUGGAGCUUCCUUUCCAAAUUAUCAGAUGUUCAUUCGAAGGACUAAUGGAAUUGAAUGGAAGCUGUUCUCAAUUAAUAAUAGAGCUGUUAAAAAAUUUCAUGUUGAACCAGAAAGUAAUGAUUUCUGUAAAAGGAGUUAACAAGAAUGUCCAUACCGUGUCAGUUGAGAAGUGUUCAGAGAACGGUCCUGUUAAUACAGCUGAUAAGCUGGUGAUGCGUGGGCUAGCACAAAACAGCACAUCUCGGAAGCAAGGUGCUUUUAAUAAAGAGAAGCCAUGCAGGGUGAAUUGCUGCUGCACAGAGUUACGGAAACAAGUUGAAAAACAUGAACAGAUUCUCCGCUUUCUGUUAAACAACCCAACCAAUCUAAACAAAUUUGUUGAAAUGAAAAAACUAUUAAAAAGUUAAGUAAGUUCACUUUUGAUGUCCUUGCCACCUCUGUAACCAUGGAUAGGGCCAUAUCCAGUCAUAUUGUCAGGAC